CUGAGACCGAUCCAGAAACCUCCAGCUCUCACAACACAAGCUCCCUGCUCCCCGCCGACAUGAAGGUCUCUGCAACACUUCUGUGCUUGCUGCUCGCAGCCACCGCCUUCAGCACCCAGGUGCUCUCCCAGCCAGGUUCGGUUUCCAUCCCAAUUACCUGCUGCUUCAAUAUGGUCAAAAGGAAGGUCCCCAUGCAGAAGCUGGAGAGCUACACGAGGGUCACCAACAGCCAGUGUCCCCAGGAAGCUGUGAUCUUCAAGACCAAAGCAUUCAGGGAGAUCUGUGCUGACCCCAAGCAGAAGUGGGUCCAGGAUAACAUGAAGCACCUGGACCAAAAGUCCCAAACCCAGAAGCCUUGAACCUUCGCAUCUGGACCAAGAGACAGAAAUGAGGAAAAUCUUAUUUAUUUUCCCCCAACUCUCCCCAAGUGCAGAGUGAUCUUAUUUUAUUACAGUGUACAACAAGAGGCACCUUGUAUAAUAAUUUAAGGCACAUUUCUCAAAUAAUAUUUAAUUAUAUUUAUUAAUGUUUUGACUUUAUCUGAUAUAAUCCUAGUGGAUGUAAAGCACAGAAGCCAGUGGCAUGUUAUCUUUUCUGGGAGCUCAGUCAAGUUCCUGGCAAGGAUGUCAUUGUUCUCCCUCCAAUGUGUCUAUAGUAUUGUGAGGUCCUUCCGUGAAUCAUCAGAGGGAAACAUUUCUGUAUUCUUAUGAAUCAGCGCUCCUGUACAUCAAACGUCUGCUGUGUAGUGUGGUUGAAAUUAAUGUUAUUUAAUGACUA